AUGGCUUCUCAGCACGGCGUGUCGCGCGUCGUGGGUGGCACAGAUGCCCAGCCAGGGGCCUGGCCCUGGAUCGUCAGCAUCCAGGAUCCCUGGAAAACAGGCACGGGGCAUACAUGCGGAGGGUCCCUCAUCAGCCCACAGUGGGUCCUCACAGCAGCCCACUGCUUCAUUGAGGCCAGGCACAUCACCAUGUGGCGCGUGGUGGUCGGGGCCACCCGGUUGACUCAGCUGGGCCCUGAGGCCCAAGUGCGCACUAUCAAGCGGCUACUGGUUCACGAGCACUACAGUAACAUCACGCAGAGGAACGACAUCGCCCUGCUGGAACUGGACCAGCCUGUGCAGUGCAGCUACUCCAUCCAGCUUGCCUGUGUGCCCGACGCCUCGCUGAGAGUGUCAGAGCUGACAACCUGCUACGCCAGCGGCUGGGGUUCCACGACUGCAAGAUGUGAGUUCCCAAAAAGUACUCGAUCAACUGAUGUCCUGCAGGAGGCCAAGGUCCGCCUCAUUGAUGUCAACCUCUGUAACAGCAGCGGGUGGUACAGAGGGGCCAUCCACACCCACAACCUGUGUGCUGGCUACGCGCAGGGUGGCAUCGACACCUGCCAGGGCGACAGCGGUGGUCCUCUCGUCUGCAAAGAUAACAAUGCAGACUACUUCUGGCUCGUUGGAGUCACCAGCUGGGGGAAAGGCUGCGCGAGAGCAAGACGGCCCGGAGUCUACACCUCCACGCAGCACUUUUACGACUGGAUCCUGGCACAGAUGGGACUGCGCCCAGCAGUAUCGGCUACUCCAACGCCACAGCCAGGCUUCACCUCAAGCCCCUUUCAGAGGCCGAGACCGACACCAACUCAAUUGGUCGUCAGCAUCCAGGAUCCCUGGAAAACAGGCACGGGGCAUACAUGCGGAGGGUCCCUCAUCAGCCCACAGUGGGUCCUCACAGCAGCCCACUGCUUCAUUGAGGCCAGGCACAUCACCAUGUGGCGCGUGGUGGUCGGGGCCACCCGGUUGACUCAGCUGGGCCCUGAGGCCCAAGUGCGCACUAUCAAGCGGCUACUGGUUCACGAGCACUACAGUAACAUCACGCAGAGGAACGACAUCGCCCUGCUGGAACUGGACCAGCCUGUGCAGUGCAGCUACUCCAUCCAGCUUGCCUGUGUGCCCGACGCCUCGCUGAGAGUGUCAGAGCUGACAACCUGCUACGCCAGCGGCUGGGGUUCCACGACUGCAAGAUGUGAGUUCCCAAAAAGUACUCGUGUCCUGAGCGAGGCCAAGGUCCGCCUCAUUGAUGUCAACCUCUGUAACAGCAGCGGGUGGUACAGAGGGGCCAUCCACACCCACAACCUGUGUGCUGGCUACGCGCAGGGUGGCAUCGACACCUGCCAGGGCGACAGCGGUGGUCCUCUCGUCUGCAAAGAUAACAAUGCAGACUACUUCUGGCUCGUUGGAGUCACCAGCUGGGGGAAAGGCUGCGCGAGAGCAAGACGGCCCGGAGUCUACACCUCCACGUAGCACUUUUACGACUGGAUCCUGGCACAGAUGGGACUGCGCCCAGCAGUAUCGGCUACUCCAACGCCACAGCCAGGCUUCACCUCAAGCCCCUUUCAGAGGCCGAGACCGAUACCAACUCAAUUGGGCACGUUUACACCCUGCCCAUUUCCACUCCAGAGGCUGGUGCAAUUCUUUACUCGGGUGCAGGAGCUCCUGCAGUUCCUAAGGGGGACAAAGGCCUGAGCAGCAGGAUGGACAGGAUCCAGUGCAGCCGGCAGCGUACCACUGGUAACCUUGCAACAACAGUUACGGUAUAUUGGCUGUAAUUGCAGUAGUACCUCUUUCCAUGCAUGUACAUCCCUGGAAAUGUGUUCAGUUCACCACAAAGCUGAAAAAGAGCUCAAAUACAGCUGAUGACUGUAUUUUUGCACACGUGUAACAAACAGACUGUGGGAAAAACCUGUAACUGUGGCUCUGUGGUUUCUAAAGACUUUGUUGGAAGAUCUUGGCUUCAGCGUGUUCACCACUUUCCUGAGCUUUCUAGAAGGAAAUCUGGCCUGUGUUGAGUUAGAACGUUUUAGUAUAAGAUGGGCAGAUGACUGGAGCCAUGUGAAUUUGGCACUUCUUUGGGCAGUCAAGCUUUUCAGUUGGGUGCCAAAUGUUCUCCGCUUCAAAUAAAGCGGACAUUGCUGCAAGCUGGCAUUGGGCUGCUUUUGGCUGCAGGAUAAUCUUUUGCCAAUUGUGUGUCAGAAGUUUCUCUCAAAAAUUGUACAUAUUGAAAAUCGAAACCUUCACGAUGGGCAGCUGUUCUGCAUUCAGAGAGUAUCAGCUUCUGCUGGCCGGUGGCUUACUGUUUGCCAAAGCUGUUUCAUACAGAAAGAAUCCAGUUGGUGUUUUUUACAGGGUCUGAUGAUUUCUGUGACCGUAACCUUCCCCAAGCACAAACACUCGGUAUGCUGUGGGGGUAUCCUGUGAAUGGCUCUUGAAGCAGGUCUCAGGAGCUACUAGCCUUUUCUUUGAAGCCCUUACACAGCUCUCUUCUGCCUUCUCUUCCUGACCUUAAACAACAAGUCCAUUCACCCUGUGAUUAAUCCUUCUUCAGAGACCAUGUUUUCCAAAAGCCUCAUCCUUCUUAGUCGUAUUCUCCAGGUGCCUCUGAUAGGCAUGUAUCUCUUUGGAACGGUGAUCCUCAGAAACGGACACUGUGUCAGCAGAGACCCCAGCCCAGGCAUGACUCUGGGAGCAGUAUUCCAUCAGCCCUCAGUGAUUUGAUGGAGACUAACCUCCGUUAGCCUGCUUAUGGGAACACCAGGUGCGAGGGUGUGGAGGCUUUCUGGAGUCCACAUCCAGGUACCUGCCCUUGACAAGCUGUUCCGCUGUCAGAGAAGGAAACUGAUUUGUUGCUCUUUUUGCACAGCCCCCUCUUUGUUGUCAUUUUUUGUUGUGGUUGCCUGAAUACACCCAAACUAUUGGAUCAUUUCUUUUUUCAAGUAUUUUUUUGGG